AUGUGUGCAGCGCUCUGUCCCAAGGGAUCCUUUCCUCGGCCGCGCGUCGCAGCAGUGCGAGCAUUAUACGACCCAACAACGCCACCUUCCAGCAAUAGCGUCCUCGAUUCCGGAGCCCUCGUCUUGUAUUUCCCUGGGCCCAAGACCGUCACCGGCGAAGAUGUCCUGGAAUUCCACCUUCACGGCGGCCCCGCCAUUGUCAAAUCUGUCCUGACCGCUAUCUCCCGUACGAACCGCGACGAGUGCCUCGUGCGCUACGCCGAGCCCGGCGAAUUCACCCGCCGCGCGUUCUUGAAUAACCGAUUGGACCUGCCGCAGAUCGAGGCGCUGGGGGAUACCCUGACGGCAGAUACGGAACAGCAACGGCGCCUGGCUGUGCGGGGGGCGAGCGAUGCACUUUCGAAGCGCUACGAACAAUGGCGCCAGCAGUUGCUGUAUGCGCGCGGCGAGCUCGAGGCCCUGAUUGACUUCGCCGAGGACCAGCAUUUCGACGAGUCCUCGGACGAGCUGGUGCAUUCAGUGGCGUCGCAGGUGCAGGCGCUGCGGGUGCAGAUCGAGCUGCAUAUCCAGAACGCGUCGAAGGGCGAGCUGUUGCGUCAUGGGAUCAAGGUUGCGCUGCUGGGCGCGCCGAAUGCGGGGAAGAGCUCUCUUCUAAACCGUAUUGUGGGGAAGGAGGCUGCGAUUGUCAGCACCGAGGAGGGUACCACGCGCGAUAUUGUUGAUGUUGGGGUCGAUUUGAGCGGUUGGUACUGCAAGCUCGGGGACAUGGCGGGGAUCCGGUCUGAAGCGGGGAAUGGCGCUGGAGAGGGCCCCGUGGUGAUCGGGGCGGUGGAGAAGGAGGGCAUUCGCCGAGCCAAGGCCCGUGCUUUGGAGUCGGAUGUGGUCAUUGCUGUUAUCUCCCUUGAGGAGGGGGUUGGUGGUGAGCCGUACCGGCUGUCUGUUGAGCCGGAGGUCGUGGAUGCGGUGAACGAUUGUGUGGAAGCGGGCAAGUGUAUCGUCAUCGCGAUCAACAAGUGUGACCGGCUGCCGGCGUCCACACAAGACGGUCUGUUGCCGUCGGACGUUACUGCUGCCGUGGGGUCUCUUUUCCUUGCCAUGCCAUAG